AUGCACAACUGCACAUCUCCUGAGGCAGGCAUCAGGCGAAGGGAGACAGCAGUUCCUUCCACACUACUGGUUUUACCGGCUGGACGCCAUUGUCGACCUUGCGCACGUUGGCCCGUCACGAACGUGACCGAAUGGCGCAGCACUUUUCACAAACAAGGUAUCCGCCUCAAAGCCAGGAGCGAGUCACAGAUGGGUGUCAGGAUGGUUUCUGAUGGUACAGAUGCACUAUUCACCGGGCCUAAUAUGGUAUUGAGUGGUAGCCCGUGGCGAAGCACAGCAAAUAAUGACCCAUCUGCCGACUUCUCGUCGACUUACCGCUCACUUCUUCGAGCGCGCCAAAACCGAGGUAAUCGAUGGACGCAAGAGCAUUAUGAUGGCGCUCGUGCGUGGAUCACAGGGCCUUCAAGAGCAACCGCACGUGUCUCCUGCUCUAUAUUUUCUAUGUCGGACACUAUCAAGCCAUUUUUUGCGGCUUUCUCCACUGUGUUCUACCAAGUCCCGCAUUCGCAAGCCUCUGGCACGCUAGAAACCCAUGCACACGUUCUUGUCUUGAAGCAGGGUCUUGCCUUGAGGCAGACACAUGAUACGCACGCAACUCUACCUGGCCGCUUUACAGCAUCAUUACUUCCUUCAAUUAUAGUUCUUCGGUGGUUUUUCCAUAGUGCCAAAAUAUGGCAUUCGUAG